GGUGGGGCUGUCUGAACGGAGUCUGGCAGGCAGCCCGAGGCUGAAGGAGCAGGGCCCGCCCGUAUGAAAAGCAGACGUGCGUUCCGUGCCGACUACCAUCCCUUCCACAGUCGCCACGAGCAUAUGCUUUGAGUAGCCUGGCUUCUACUGCCUCCCGACCCCCUCUGCGCCAGAACCCGCGUGCGUCUCGGAUCACAGUCUGCCACUGGCUGCCCCGACUUCCGUGGGCCAUGGCGCGCUCCUCGACUCUUCUCCUUUCUGGGUGGCUCGUGCCGCUCGCCAGGUCGACCGGCCCUUCGGCCUGCGGUCAGCUCAGCGGGGCCGCGCGCUCGGAGGCGGAGGUCCGCGACCACCAGGAGUGCGAGCACGAGUCCAUCCGCUUCGAGGCCCUGCAGGCGGCCUCUGCGCUGUCGAGAUCCAGGCCUUACGCCGAGCGGGAGGCAGGAGAAGCAGACCCUGCCAAGACCAGCGCGAGUAGCGGGCAGAAAUCAGUGGAGGGCAACCCGUACGCUCCAGGGCCUAACGUCUACCUCGCGGACCUCGUAGACCAUGACAACCCGUGGGGCUACUGCCUCGACAUCGCUGGGUCCCCGCCCCACCCGCAGUGCGAUAAAAUUCAGGGGCACACCUGCAAGGAGGAGGGCAGAGACACCCAGUUCCGGUACGACCCCGACACGCAGUCGAUCGUGUCGCAAAACUUCAACCAGGACUGCAGCCCGAUGUACGACGGGUACCAGGACGGGAGGGCGUGGCAGGCGGACCUGACGUACACCAGCGGCGGCUGCCUCCGGGCCGCGGGGUCCCUCGAGGUGGGGGUCUCCCUCGUGCUGGUGGCCUGCCACAGGCACGACCUUCUGCAGAAGUUCGCCUACACCAGGGACCGGCGGUUCGCCGUUGGGAACACCAGCCUCUGUCUCGUCCUCGGCCGGGAGCGGGAGGAGAGGGACGGGUUCUCGUCCCGCAGGGCCGAGCUGCAGGACUGCGCCGCGUGGCCGGCCGAGCUGUCGACCUGGGAGGUCUGGCGGCGUGCAGCAGGGGCCGGGGCGAGACGGAGGGCCGGGAGGAAAGGCUUCCGCCUCUCGGACGGCGAUGGAUGGGCUUUCUCAGAGCUGCCCCCCCCCCCCCACCCUUCCCUGUCGCCCCGCCCCCGUCUGCUCGUCGCCAAGAGGUCCUGAUGAGCAGCCACGAGAGGUACCUCCCAGAGUAGAGCGCCAGCGCUGCAUGUGUGGGCGCCCCCUCGCAGCAAGCGAGAGUAGGCCCGCUGCCGUGGAGGUAUACCCGCCCUCGAUGCGGUGGAGUAGGCCGCGAAGAGACGGGGGGGAGGCAUGCCGCUGCAACUGUCCGCGCGCAUUGCAGGAUUCCGUGCCAGCUGUCGCAGCUUGAGGCGCGACCCUCGCUGGCGCGAUCCCCAUGACAGUACAAUUUGCAAGAUGCCCGUAUGGAGUCCAUGCCUUCGUGGAGUCUGUGCCUGUCGUAUAUGACCUGAACAACUCGUUCUUUUUGUUUUUUGCAGUUUGGGCAUCUAUAGUGCUUUGCAAUCUGAGCAACUUGGCACCAACCUUGCCCAACAGGACAGCUUUUCCUCAAAGACCUUCGUUCCUGAACGACCUGCUUUUCAUGGCGGAGACAUAUCCAUCACCACCGCGACGUUGCCCGUGCGUGCCAGCAUGUCACCGGCCUGCCUGUGGACCCACCGCAACUCCUCCUCCUCCUCCUCCCCUCUCCUCCUCCUCCUCCUCCUCCUCUUCCUCUCCGUCUCCGUCUCCUCCUCCUCCUCCUCCUCCUCCUCCUCCUCCGUGGACCCUUCUUUGCAGCGGCCGCCGUGCUGAUGGAGCGCCCGCCGCGGCCGGCAGCGCACGCCACGCGUCCGAGCCAGGCGGCUGCCGGGCGGUCUCGCGCUCUCUGUCCAUGGGCGCGCGAGCGCGCGCGCGGGACGGGAUGCGUCCCAGCCCUUCAGACCAGAGGUCACCGAAGGUGUCACUAUACUCACGGGUUCUGUUGCACCCUGUCUGGGGAUCCGCCGUACUUG